AGCAGGACAGUUUGUCUGUCGAAGACAACAGCUGACAACAUUUGCAACACCUCUAGAUCUUGUCACCUCAGGAAAGGCUGAGAGAACCAAGGCUUCAAGUUCAACUAUGUCUAAGGAAAAGUUUAAGCGUACCAAGCCCCAUAUCAAUGUGGGAACCAUCGGCCAUGUGGACCAUGGGAAAACCACGCUUACUGCUGCCCUGUGUACAACAUUGGCUAAAGUGUAUGGCGGUGAGGCGAAAGACUUUGCCUCCAUCGACAACGCCCCCGAGGAAAAAGCACGAGGAAUCACCAUAAGCACCACGUCUGUCGAGUACGAAACCUCAACCCGACAUUAUGCACAUGUGGACUGCCCAGGGCACGCAGACUACAUCAAGAACAUGAUCGGCGGUGCAGCGGAGAUGGAUGCUGCUAUCCUGGUUGUUGCCGCUACUGACGGACCCAUGCCGCAGACAAGGGAACACAUUCUACUGGCCAGACAGGUGGGCGUUGAAAAGAUAGUGGUGUUCAUGAACAAGUGUGACAUGGUGGACGAUGAGGAGCUGCUAGAGCUGGUGGAUAUGGAAGUUAGGGAACUUCUCAGCGAGUAUGACUUUCCUGGGGACGACCUCCCGGUUAUCAGGGGAUCCGCACUGGGAGCCCUGAAUGGUGAAGAAAGAUGGGAGGCCAAGGUCGUUGAGCUGGCGGAGGCUCUUGACAAAUACAUCCCUGAACCGGAGCGGGCGGUAGACCAACCGUUCCUGUUGCCGAUCAAGGACACAUACGACAUAAAGGGUCGCGGCACAGUGGUGACAGGUCGGAUUGCACGUGGGGUCAUCAAAGUUGGAGACGAAGUGGAAAUCGUUGGGAAAAGGGAUACAGCUAAGUCGACAUCUACAGGUGUUGAGAUGUUCCGGAAACUGCUGGAUGACGGAAGGGCGGGUGAGGUCAUAGGUGUUCUACUGAGAGGUACGAAGAAGGACGAGGUGAAACGUGGUCAGGUGUUGGCCAAGCCUGGAAGCAUCACUCCUCAUACCAAGUUCGAGGCUGAGGUGUACAUCUUGAGUAAAGAUGAGGGCGGACGUCAUACACCAUUUAUGAAAGGCUAUCGACCUCAGUUCUAUUUCCGAACCACGGACGUCAAUGGAAAGAUCGAGCUUCCCGAAGGAACGGAAAUGGUGAUGCCAGGAGAUAACGUCAAGAUGACAGUAGAGCUGAUUCAACCCAUCGCCAUGGAUGAAGGCCUGCGGUUCGUCAUCCGUGAGGGGGGACGGACUGUCAGUGCAGGGGCUGUGGCUAAGAUAUUAGCAUAGUGGACAAGAUAUUCUGGAAAAAGUUGAAUUUUACUGUAAUUUUGAAGGCAAAAAAGGACCAAAUUUUCGCUUCUGGGACGUCACGUUAUGUAGAUAGCACAAGUGAGCAGUAUCAUAAUAGUAAGUUGUAGAAAGUCGAUGACGUCCUCCGUUUCUGUUAAGAGAUGGUUUCCAAGGUUUGUGUUGGAAAUUACAGUUCAACUUUAUCCAGAAUGACUUCUACCAACACAGAUGGGUUUUCAUGUUAAGAGGACAGGGUAGUUAAUUCAUUUCAAGGCAAAAAGUUGAGAUGCGUUAGACUUUUCCCCCCUUUUAACUGUGGAUAUGUAAUGUUCAGAAAUUCAAAAUAGACAGCAUUGAAUAAUGACUAUCAUGAUUGAUGUAUCACUAGAAAGCAGUCAGUUUUGGUGUAUUUGAUUAGAAAACAUUGUACUGUGAUUUUGGUAAUGACUACUUCUUAUAUUAUGACAAAAUAAAAUACAACGGUAGACCACAGAUA